UUUAUUUUAAAGGGGGGACGCUAGUGUUGUUUUAAUGUGUGGUCAUUUUCUGGCGCUGGUCAUACGGAUACAGACCGCAGUCAUGGAGCAAGUGAGACCAGGGCCUUCUGUGUUUCCCUUCUACGCUUCACAUUUCGGACCUAACAUAGCCAGCAUGACGACAGACAGAUUCCGCUUUCCGGUCCAACACCACUUCCAGUUCGCCCCAGCCGUCAUGUUCCAUGGCGUGCAUCCCUCAGUCCUCCCACAACCUUUGACCCCGGCGCACCACCUCUCUGUGUGCCCUCCGACGACCAGGCUGCCCAGUCCGGCAACGGCCCCUCUGACCCCUGUCACCUGCGCUCCGGCCCUGAGCUUCAGCCAAGAGGAGCUGGACAUGGUGCUGUAUGGCUACACGAAAGGAAAGACGGACAGAUACCACGGUCAUGCUUUGUCCGGGCUCAAAUUCGGACAGGUCACUCACAGUAUUGAAAAGAUUUUGUGUGACCAGCGGUCAACACCUGAAAGCAGCCACAACAUCAGCCUCAACAGCUCCCACAGCAGCACGAGCAGUGGCGUAGACGCCAAUCACCACAGCGUGCAGCACAACAACAGCGGGGCAAGCAGCGGUGGCAGGAGCGGCGGCGCCUGCAGCUCGACUAUGUCUCCCCUGAAAUCGUUAGGAACGCCAGCCAUUACGUCCUGUAAGUCAGCGCAGACUGCCGGGAACAGCAGAGCCGCCUCUGCAGAGAACCUCCAUAUGCCGCCCUUAGACUCGGCUACAUUGGAGCUCCCAGAAGGCUUGACCAUCUACCAGACCAACUUCGCUGGGACUGUCCACACCGGUGUCUUCUGCACCAAGACUGUCAUCUCAAGGUCAACCAGGUACGGGCCCUUCAAAGGUCGAGUCGUCCACACAAGCGAGACCAAAACAAGGGACGACAACUCUUGCAUGUGGGAGAUCUUUCAAGAUGGAAAGCUAAGCCAUUUUAUAGACGGCCGUAGCACAUCUGGCAACUGGAUGUCUUACAUCAACUGUGCCAGGUACGCUCAAGAACAGAAUUUGAUAGCCGUCCAGAUUGAAGGUGAGAUAUGGUAUGAGGUUUGCAAAGACAUCCCCCAGGGGACAGAACUCCUGGUCUGGUACGGGGACUGUUAUCUCCAGUUCAUGGGGGUGCCCGUGGCCUUGAAGGAGAUGGCAGACGGGGGCGCCCAAGAAGAAGCCGACACCAGUGAGGGAUUCAGCUGCGAGAGAUGCGGCAAGGUGUUCGCUUACAAGUACUACAGGGACAAGCAUCUCAAGUACACGCGCUGCGUGGAUCAGGGCGACCGGAAGUACCCUUGCCACAUGUGUUCAAGGUCCUUCGAGAAGCGAGACAGACUUCGAAUACACAUCCUACACGUCCACGAGAAGCACAGGCCACACAAGUGUGUAGUGUGUGCCAAAAGUUUCAGUCAGUCGUCGAGUCUAAACAAACACAUGAGGGUUCACAGCGGUGAGCGCCCCUACAAAUGUGUCUACUGUAAUAAAGCUUUCACAGCCUCCAGCAUAUUGAGGACGCACAUACGUCAGCAUUCGGGGGAGAAACCGUUCAAAUGUAAACACUGCGGGAAGGCCUUCGCCUCACACGCUGCACACGACAGCCACGUACGACGCACUCACGCCAAGGAGCGACCAUGCACGUGCCACGUUUGCGGGAGGACAUUCCAGCAGUCGUACGAACUGAAAUUCCACAUGGGCUCUCACAUGCAAUAGCACGCCUCAGAGGCUCUCACGCCACAGGAGCAGCACCCUAGACGAGUCUGUUCUCUAAGGACGAUCCCCCUUGUAUGUUACAAAUACGCUGAAUGAUCAUUUACUACAAGACAGUUCACAUGUAAACCCCACGAAUAGCUUAACCAUUCGACUGCUAAAUGGCUAUCUAUUUUAAAAGUGCAAAAAAUACAAAGCCAGAAAACGGAAAUUGGAACAUUAUUAAAUCAUUUCGCUGGAGAAUCUCAGAAAUACAACCAGAUGGUAUAACUGACCCUGAACUGGAUCAGUUAAAAACAAACUUCACAAGAGUCGAACUCUUUGUAACGCUUUGUUUUAGCGAAAUGGGAAGUCUCCAAUGCUCACAAAUCAGAAAAUCAUUUGAAUGUUAAAAUAAUCAACAAUUCUAUGUAAAGUACGAAAACCGCUGGAUGGUUGCCUGGUCGAGUGAUAUGCUAUUCGAUCUUCGACGUGAUGGUCCAUAGUGCAAACAAUAUCCGUUACCAUCCCCUGCUUUUCUCAGAAGGUCAAGGUUAAGAAGCUAUCAUCUUCAUUACUGAAUGUACGUAUAGAAUUUAUAAACAAAAAAAAAACAACAAUAAACAAACAAAACAAAUCAGCAACAGGUGAAAGCGUAGUCCAUAUGUGUCAUCAGUAAGACUUUCUCACAUCUCACCUUAUAUGAUGGUGUUUAAACGCCCUGUAAAGUAUUACAAGUAACCCAUGACCUAAACGCAUAGUUUUAUGCGGUCAUACUGAGGAUGCUUCCAAGUCUUGACUUCCUGUUGCGGCCUUCAUUGGCAGCGUUACACGUUCAAUGUCCACCCCAUCAUUGGUGGGGGCUCAAAAUAUACCUUGAGAAACAAAGUUCAUUAUUUCUACCAGCCAGCAAGUGUGUUCACGUCUGCUGGGUUCACGUCUGCUGUGUUCACGUCUGCUGUGUUUACGUCUGCUGGGUUCACGUCUGCUGUGUUCACGUCUGCUGGGCUCACGUCUGCUGUGACUAAUGUGUACAACAAUGGCGACUAAACUUGUUAACGUCUCAACUUAAUGAGAAGCUUACGAUUAGUAAAAUUGGGUUGGAGACUCUAGCCCCGGAGAAUCUAGCCAGCAGUCUCUAGCCCCGGAGAAUCUAGCCAGCAGUCUCUAGCCCCGGAGAAUCUAGCCAGCAGUCUCUAGCCCCGGAGUCUCUAGCCAGGAGUCUCUAGCCCCGGAGAAUCUAGCCAGCAGUCUCUAGCCUCGAAGUCUCUAGCCCGGAGUCUCUAGCCCGGAGUCUCUAGCCCCGGAGUCUCUAGCCCCGGAGUCUCUAGCCCGGAGUCUCUAGCCGGGAGUCUCUAGCUCUGAUCCUCCGCUGACAAUGAGAAACAAAAAUUGUUUAGUUUUAAGCGUUUGCUGCUUACUUUUUCAUGUAUUACAUAUUUUGAUAUUGAAAACCAAAAUGGCCCCCAGCUCUGGCAAUUCACUGCGGAGUGUGAAACCGACAAUUCAAGGAAAUUGAUUAAUUGUUAUUUGUAAACUUCUUGCUGUUGUUGUUUAUGAGGUCAUUGUGAAGAUUUGAUGCCAGGCACAAGAUCCGAAAGAAAGAAAGAAAGAGGAGACAUUCGGAGAGAGUGUCCGUGAGAGAUGAUCAUCUGAAUGUAAUGAAGAAAGACAUGAAUAACUGUUUGUCUGACCACUGAGAGAACAUGAUUGAGAGUGAAAAAGAGGGAGAGAAAAAGAGAGAGACAGAGAGAUACAGAGAGAGAGAGACAGAGAGAUACAGAGAGUCAGAGAGAGACAGAGAGAGAGAGAGAUACAGAGAGUCAGAGAGAGAGAGACAAAGAGUCAGAGAGAUACAGAGAGUCAGAGAGAGAGAAACAGAGAGAGAGAUAGAGAGACAGAGUCUGAGAUAGAGAGACAGAGAGAUAGAGAGACAGAGAGAGAGAGAGAUAGAAAGUAAGAACAAGAGAAAGAGAAAGGAGAGAGAAGCAGAGAAAGAAAGAGGAUAAUUAGGAAAAAAAAAAGAAAUCAAGAGUUGAGAGACUGAAAGAGAAAGAGAAAGAAAGAAAACAAACUUUAACAUUCGACUGACUAAACAAAUUCACAGGAAAACGUUGCUAUGGUAACAUUAUCCAUGUAUGAUACCUGUAGAUAUUUAUAUCUGUAUUUUUUAAAAUAAACGCCUGUAUAUAG